GCUAGGGUAUAAAAAGCGGCGGUGGCGUGCGCAGGCAAGUGGAAACGCACCUGAUCGCAGGCCUGCCUCGGCUCUCAGUCCUGUCAGCGGCUGCCGCGACCCACCAGGAGACAGAGGCGAUGGACGCAGGGAUGGACUUGGUGCACGACUACGGGGUGGGCGCCGUGCAGUACCUCCAGACCCACUACAGAGACGCCCAGGGCUGGUUCCUCCUCGUCUCCUUCAUCGCCGACCUCAGGAACACCUUCUUCAUCCUCUUCCCCAUCUGGUUCCACCUGCGGGAGUCCGUGGGGGUCAAGCUCAUCUGGGUGGCCGUGGUCGGGGACUGGCUCAACCUCGUCUUCAAGUGGAUCCUGUUUGGAGAGAGGCCCUACUGGUGGGUCCAUGAGACGCCUUACUACAGUAACUCCUCAGUGCCGCACGUUGAGCAGUUCCCAGUCACCUGCGAGACCGGGCCAGGAAGUCCUUCGGGUCAUACUAUGGGCUCUGCCGGAGUGUACUACGUGAUGGUGACGUCUCUCCUUGCCAUUCUGGUCAAGAAACACAAGCCGUCGGUGAAAAACUGGUGUGUUCGUGCCUCCUUGUGGACACUGUUCUGGGGCGUCCAGGUCUGCGUCUGCCUCUCCAGAGUCUUCCUUGCAGCCCACUUCCCACACCAGGUCAUCGCAGGGGUCAUUUCAGGUAUGAUUGUGGCCGAGGCCUUCAGCAGGGUGCAGUGGAUCUACAGCGCCAGUCUGAAGAGGUACCUCCUCACCACCCUCUUCCUGCUGGUCUUCGCCCUGGGCUUCUACCUGCUCCUGCGGGUGCUGGGGGUGGACCUGCUCUGGACGCUGGAGAAAGCCAAGCGGUGGUGCGUCCGAGCCGAGUGGGUGCACAUGGACACCACACCCUUCGCCAGCCUGCUGCGCAACCUGGGCACCCUGUUCGGCCUGGGGCUGGGCCUGCACUCUCCUCUCUACAGCGAGAGCUGCUCGGGCAAGCGGGGCCACAGCGCCCCCUUCAGGCUGGGCUGCAUCGCCGUCUCGCUCUCCCUGCUGCACCUCUUCGACUCCUUCAAGCCUCCCACACACAUGGUGGCCCUGUUCUACCUGCUGUCCUUCUGCAAGAGCGCCGCUGUGCCCCUGGCCACCGUGGGCAUCAUCCCUUACUGCCUGUCAGGGGCACUGAGCGCACACAGCAAGAAGACCCUCUGAGCUGGGGAUGCCGAAGGGAGAAGGGAAAUACAAGCACGAGGGGAGGCGAUGCAAGCCGUGUCUCUGUGAGGUGUAGUACCGGAGAACUAACACCGACAGCAAACUGGGAAAAGACGGGACAGUGUCCUCUAGUUAGCCCUUAAAGAAGCCAUGCUGAAAAGAAAACCAGAUACCCUUGACUCUGCCAACAGCGGCCUUCUGUGAAAUCACUCGGACUGCCACACAGCCAUGAAGCUCUUUCGAAACCUGUACAGCGCAAGCUCUUAGUGGAGACAAAGACAUCUAUAGUACGAGGCACAGGAUUAUGGAGAAUCCACUCCACUGUGAGCAGUGAUUUGCCUCUGUGCAUGAAUGCAACUGGUUUUCUUGUAAUAAUCGUUCGUGAGCAUUAGGCAACAGAAGAAUGUCUACCCAGUCUUGUCAGUAAGUGGGCUUUCUUUUGCUCGCAGAACAGAAAGUAGAUGGUGCACACUACACCACAAAGUCACUAGCUCAGAAAACAGAACAGCUACCUCCUAAGUACUGUGAGUCACCCUUUUGUGGAGUCAGGGGCCUCUCCACCCGAGUGGUGGAGCUUUCAGGACAGUCCGGGGCCCGCUGCCACAGCUCAGGUUGAGCAGCAUUAUUUCUGCCUCUGACAGGAACCAGUAAUUAUUGCGUGAGCUCCCCAUCGCCACACAGCCAGACCAGCAGGGACGCCAGAGACAAGGGAAAACAACAUAAACAAAAGGUUCAGGUGGGCAGCUGAGUCAGCAUGCGUAGGCUGCAAAGGAAGAAGUAAUAGGUUU